AUGCCGAAAAACCAUCAACAGAAUGGUAUGAUGGGUGCGAACGACCCUGAUGAUUUUUCUGAUGAUGAUACGACACCUUUGACACAUGAGUAUGGAGAGAGCCAGCGAACAAUUGUUGAAACGAAAGCAUGGGAUGUCUUCAGAAACCCUCCACCGAAAAUUGACUCAGGCUCCAUGGCGAACCAAAAGUGUCUUGAUGCGACGAUCCAAAUAAUAAAAGUAAUUGUGUAUCUUCUAGUUUUUAUAAUAGUUCUUGUCAGUGGAGUUAUUUCUAAAGGAGCUAUCAUUUUUAUGACUUCACAACUCAAAUCUGAUCGUGUAAUAGUUUAUUGUAACAAAGAAUUAGGACGGGAUAAGCAAUUCAUCGUUACAUUACCAGAAGAACAAAGGAUAGCAUGGGCUUGGUGUAUAAUCUUUGCCUAUGCUGCUCCUGAAUUCGGAACUUUUUUUCGAAGUUGUCGAAUGUGCAUAUUUAAAUCAUGGAAAAAACCAAUAUCCUCACAUUUCUUGUUGGUGUUUAUUAUGGAAACGUUUCGUGUUGUUGGACUGGCAUCGAUGUUUUUUGCUGUUUUGCCAGAAUUAGAUGCAAUAAAGGCUGCAAUGAUUACCAAUUGUGUUUGCUUUGUACCAGGAUUGCUUGGAUUACUCUCAAGAAGUAGUAGUAAAGAUGAGUCACGAAAAUGUAUACUCGUUCUUGUAGAUUUGAUGGCAUUAGUGGCCCAAGUAAGUGGAUUUAUUGUUUGGCCAUUACUGGAUAGUUCCAAGCAGAGUCUCUGGCUGAUUCCACCCACAUUGAUUUUUGUAUCCUGUGGUUGGUGGGAAAACUACGUAUCGAUGCAAAGUUCCAUUGGCUUCAUUCGUACAUUGGGUCGAGUAAAAAAAGAAUUGAGAUUGACAAGAUAUUUUACAUAUUUAUUUAUCUCAGUUUGGAAAAUAAUAGCCUUUUUCAUCAGUUCACUGGUUAUUUUUCAUUUAAAAGGCCAAAAUAUUGGACACUUUUUUACAAUGUUUGGAUCCGCGUUUAGAGAGCAAAAAAUUACUGUUACCGGAGUGCGCCAAUCUGUUGUGGGAGCUAUACCUGAUCUUUCAGAAAUACUACCUACUGGAGAUACUGAAACCAUUAAUUCUGACUUAAACUCUAUUGUUUAUGUUUUAUUAAUUCAAAUAGUUGGAUCGUAUUUCACAUAUAUUGUAGGUAAAUUUGGAUGCAAAAUUUUAAUACAACCAUUCAGUUAUGCGUUUCCUGUGAAUCUAACUAUCCCUGUUCUUAUUUCACUUUUAAUUACUGCGUGUGGCUUACGCAAUGGCGAUCCUUGUUUCUUUCAUGGCACAAUUCCUGAUUACCUUUUCUAUGAAUCACCACCACUGUAUUUUCUUAAUGAUUUUAUAUCUAAACAAUAUGCCUGGGUAUGGCUUCUUUGGUUACUUUCGCAAACUUGGAUCACUCUUCACAUUUGGACACCAAAAUGUGAAAGACUUGCGGCAACAGAAAAACUAUUUGUUGUUCCUAUGUAUGAUUCGUUGUUAAUUGAUCAAUCAUUAGGAUUAAAUCGAAAAAGAGAUGAUCAGCCAGAAGUUAAAGUAGAAGACCUAGCCGAAAUAGAGAGAGAAAAGGGUGACGGUGAUUAUGAGACAAUUUAUGAACAAACUGAUGGUUCAACGACUCCUCCAUCGGCAGUAAAAAGUAGUGAUCAUGUUACUAGAAUUUAUGCAUGUGCUACUAUGUGGCAUGAAAAUAAAGAAGAAAUGAUAGAAUUUUUGAAAAGUAUCUUGCGUUUAGAUGAAGAUCAAUGUGCUCGCCGUGUUGCUCAAAAAUAUUUAAAAGUUGUUGACCCAGAUUAUUACGAAUUCGAAACUCAUAUCUUCUUUGAUGAUGCUUUUGAACUUGCAGAUCAUGACGAAAAUGAAACUCAAGUAAACCGAUUUGUCAAACUCUUAGUAGGAACAUUAGAUGAAGCUGCUUCUGAUGUACAUCAGACUCGAAUGCAUGUGAGAGCUCCUAAAAAAUAUCCAACUCCCUAUGGUGGUAGACUUGUAUGGACAUUACCAGGAAAAACUAAAAUGAUAGCACAUUUAAAGGAUAAAAAUAAAAUUCGGCACAGAAAACGAUGGAGUCAAGUAAUGUACAUGUAUUACUUGCUUGGUCAUCGAUUAAUGGAACUUCCUAUCAGUGUUGAUCGUAAGGAGAUGAUAGCAGAAAAUACAUAUCUUCUAACUCUUGAUGGUGACAUUGACUUUCAACCGGCUGCUGUUAAGCUUUUAGUUGAUUUGAUGAAAAAGAAUAAAAACCUUGGUGCUGCUUGCGGUCGAAUCCAUCCGGUAGGUUCAGGUCCUAUGGUUUGGUAUCAAAUGUUUGAGUACGCAAUUGGUCAUUGGUUACAAAAAGCUACUGAACACAUGAUAGGCUGCGUUCUUUGUAGUCCUGGUUGUUUUUCACUUUUUCGAGGAAAAGCCCUUAUGGAUGAUAAUGUUAUGAAGAAAUAUACUACAAAAUCAGAAGAUGCUAGACAUUAUGUGCAAUAUGAUCAAGGUGAAGAUCGAUGGCUUUGUACUCUUUUGCUUCAAAGAGGAUAUAGAGUAGAAUAUUCGGCUGCCAGUGAUGCCUAUACUCACGCUCCUGAAGGUUUCAAUGAGUUUUAUAAUCAGCGUCGUCGUUGGGUUCCAUCAACUAUUGCUAAUAUUAUGGAUUUGCUUAUGGAUGCAAAACGAACAAUCAAAAUUAAUGACAAUAUUUCUCUACCAUAUAUAUCUUAUCAGAUUUUGCUUAUGGGUGGCACCAUACUUGGACCAGGAACAAUAUUUCUGAUGUUAGUGGGAGCUUUCGUGGCAGCUUUCAAAAUUGACAACUGGACAAGCUUUUAUUAUAACAUAAUACCUAUUCUUUUAUUUAUGGUAAUUUGUUUCACGUGUAAAGCUGAUAUUCAAUUACUGUGUGCCCAAAUAUUAUCUACUGCAUAUGCUAUGAUAAUGAUGGCCGUAAUUGUUGGUACAGCUCUUCAGCUCGGAGAAGAUGGGAUAGGCUCACCCUCUGCGAUAUUUUUAAUAUCACUAACAAGUUCAUUUCUUAUAGCCGCUUGUCUUCACCCACAAGAAUUUUGGUGUAUUGUUCCUGGUAUCAUUUAUUUAUUAUCCAUUCCUUCCAUGUAUUUGUUACUGAUUUUAUACUCUAUUAUCAAUUUAAACGUUGUAUCGUGGGGUACUAGAGAAGUUCAAGUUAAGAAAACCAAAAAGGAGCUUGAUCAAGAGAAAAAAGAAGCUGAAGAAGCUAAACGGAAAGUAAAACAAAAUUCUUUACUCGGAUUUCUACAAAAUGGUGCUGGUUCUAAUGAUGAUGAACAAGGAUCGAUAGAGAUUUCUUUUGCUGGUCUAUUUAAAUGUUUACUCUGCACGCAUGGAAAACCUUCUGAUGAAAAACAACAACUGAUUGCAAUUGCUGAUUCUCUGGAGCAUUUAGGCAAACGUCUAGAAAUAAUUGAAAGAGCUGUAGAUCCUCAGGGUCAUAUACUAGCUCGAAGACGAGCUUCUUCAGCUAGCUCUAGAGCACCAGAUCACCUUGGGCCAAUAGAAGAAGAAUCUCGUAAAGAUCAGAAUGAUUCAGUCAGUGACACUGAAACCGAAACUAGUCAACCCCAUGAUGUAGCUCGGGAUGUUAAUUUCCAUUCUCAGCCUUAUUGGCUUCAUGAUGAAGGCCUAAAGAAAGGAGAAAUUGACGUUUUGUCUAUGCAGGAAGAACAAUUUUGGAAAGACUUACUAGAGAAAUAUCUUUAUCCUAUUGAUGAAGAUAAAGCUGAGAAGGCAAGAAUAGCUAAAGACUUAAAAGAUCUACGAGACCAGAGUGUAUUUGCGUUUUUCAUGAUGAAUGCACUUUUUGUCCUCAUCGUUUUUCUACUCCAGUUAAACAAAGAUUUACUACAUGUCAAGUGGCCAUUUGGUAUCAAGACUAAUAUUACUUAUGAUGAUUUCACUCAAGAGGCACGGAUCGCCGCGGAUUUAAUUGAACUACGAAACAAGAGUGUCUUUGCAUUUUUAAUGUUCAAUGCGUUAUUUGUAUUGAUCGUAUUUUUACUUCAAUUAAACAAAGAUCAGCUACACGUUGUGUGGCCCUUGGGGAUCAAGACAAACAUCACCUUCGUAGAAGAAACGUCGGAGGUUCACAUCUCAAAAGAAUAUUUACAACUGGAACCUAUUGGUUUAGUCUUUGUUUUCUUCUUUGCUCUCAUUUUAAUUAUACAAUUCAGUGCAAUGUUAUUUCAUCGAUUCGGAACACUUGCACAUAUUUUAGCCAGUACACCGUUAAGUUGGUAUUGUUGUAAAAAGACAAAAGAUCUCUCAGAAGAAGCGUUGCUAUCGAAACAUGCUGUGGAAAUUGUAAGAGAUUUGCAGCGGCUGGAUGGAAUGGAAGGAGAUUAUGAUGAAGGAAGUGGAAGUGGACCUGGUCGAAGGAAGACUAUUAGGAAUCUUGAAAAAAGUAGACGAAAAACACAAGCAAUAAAUACCUUGGAUGUUGCAUUCCGGCAACGCUUUUUCAGUAUGGUUGAAGAGAACGAACUGCCCCGGAAUAUGACCACUCGUCAGUCAACGAAGGCGUUUAAGGCUUUCGAGGGACGACGAAAUAGUAUUAUGGCUCUUAGAAAGAAGUCUCAAAUGCAAACUUUGGGAGCAAACAAUAUUUAUGGCGGUGUUGGAAACCCACUAGGGAUACAACCUCGACCUACUCGUAGUAGUCAAAUUUCAGUAAAAGAUGUUUUUGGUGAUGCUGGACAUGUAAAUAUCGGAUUUGAUAUUGGAGAAAGUCCAAGAAAUAGUUUGAAACUUCAACCUAUGGGAUAA